AUGGGACAAACCUAUAUGCACCUGCCAGAAGAUGGGGAUGGCGGAAAUGCCAGUGCUAGCAGGCUUCUAGCGCCCACGAGCGCACAUCUCGCAACAACCACGCUGCAGGUCGGCGGCAUGACAUGCGGUUCGUGCACUUCAGCCGUUGAAUCAGGCUUCAAAGGCAUUGAUGGCAUCGGAACAGUCUCCAUCAGCCUCGUAAUGGAGCGCGCCGUCGUCACGCAUGACCCGGAGAUCAUACCCGCCGACAAGAUACAGGAGAUCAUUGAGGACCGUGGUUUUGAUGCUGAGGUUCUCUCGACCGACCGUUCCAACCCCGCGACUACUCGAUUGAACCACGUCUUGGACCAGAGAACUGCGAUUGGGGGCGAAGAUGAGUCUGCGAUGACUACUGCGACGACCACUUUUGCCAUUGAGGGCAUGACGUGUGGCGCUUGCACGUCCGCCGUUGAAGCCGGCUUCAAUGGCGUGCCUGGUGUGCUCAAGUUCAACAUUAGUCUUUUGGCGGAACGAGCCGUCAUUACUUAUGAUGAGACGAAGCUUUCGCCGGAGAAGAUAGCCGAGAUUAUUGACGAUCGCGGAUUUGAUGUUACUAUUCUAUCAACGCAGCGCGACUCGAUCCAUCAGGCAGGAGAUACGACAACCGCUCAGUUCAAGGUCUUCGGCUGCAAAGAUGCGACUACUGCCCAGCUUCUGGAGGAAGGCCUCAUUGCAGUCCAAGGCAUCCGAUCCGCAUCUAUCAGCCUCAGUACGGACCGCCUGACAGUCGUCUACCAACCCCGGACUAUAGGACUUCGUGGCAUUGUUGAGGCCAUAGAGGCGCAGGGCUUGAAUGCCCUCGUUGCAAGCGGCGAGGAUAACAACGCGCAGCUUGAAUCGCUGGCAAAAACGCGCGAGAUCACUGAGUGGCGGACAGCGUUCAGGACGUCGCUUGCCUUCGCGAUCCCCGUUCUUCUCAUCGGCAUGAUUAUUCCUAUGGCUUUCCCAAUGAUAGACAUUGGACGUUUCGAACUCAUACCGGGUCUAUUCCUGGGUGACAUCGUAUGCCUCGUUCUCACUUUGCCUGUUCAAUUCGGGAUUGGCAAGCGAUUCUAUAUCACUGGGUACAAAUCUCUUAAACAUAAAUCGCCAACAAUGGAUGUUCUCGUCGUUCUCGGCACAUCGUGUGCCUUCCUUUUCAGCGUCUUUUCUAUGCUCAUCUCAGUCCUUCUUGAGCCACAUUCUAAACCUUCCACAAUCUUCGACACAUGCACCAUGCUCAUCACAUUCAUCACACUGUCUCGGUGGCUCGAGAACCGCGCCAAAGGCCAGACUUCUAAGGCGCUGUCUCGUCUGAUGUCAUUAGCUCCGUCCACAGCUACCAUUUAUGCUGAUCCUAUCGCUGUAGAAAAGGCAGCAGAGAGCUGGGCAAAGUCAUCUGACGAGCCCCCAGUGCUCAAGACUCCUCAGACUCAUGAGCCUGGCAUCUCUGCUUGGGAGGAAAAGGUCAUCCCAACAGAGCUGCUUGAGGUUGAUGACAUUGUGGUCAUCCGGCCAGGCGACAAAAUUCCAGCAGAUGGCAUUCUUGUUCGAGGGACAACGUUUGUUGACGAAAGUAUGGUUACUGGAGAGGCUAUGCCUGUUCAGAAGUACAUUGGCGAUAGUAUCGUCGCCGGGACUGUUAACGGCGACGGGCGCGUCGAUGUCCGUGUCACUCGAGCUGGCCACGACACGCAGCUAAGUCAGAUUGUCAAGCUAGUGCAAGAUGCACAAACUGCCCGUGCCCCCAUUCAGCAGCUGAUUCAUACAAUAGCCGGCUACUUUGUUCCCAUGAUUCUUAUCCUAGGUCUUGGUACGUUCCUUGUAUGGAUGGUCCUAUGUCAUGUUUUAUCUCGACCUCCGGAGAUCUUCCUUGAGGAUAACAGCGGCGGCAAGGUCGUAGUAUGUGUUAAGUUAUGUAUCUCCGUCAUUGUCUUUGCUUGUCCGUGUGCUCUUGGGCUGGCUACGCCCACAGCCGUGAUGGUUGGUACCGGAGUGGGUGCAGAAAACGGAAUCCUGAUCAAGGGAGGAGCUGUCCUUGAACGUAUAACCAAGGUCACGCAGGUCGUCCUCGACAAAACCGGCACAAUUACUUACGGUAAGAUGAGUGUGGCUAGGACAGGUCUUGUCCCGCAAUGGAAAAGAGACGAAGCUAGUAAACGACUGUGGUGGUCCAUUGUCGGCCUGGCCGAGAUGGGGAGCGAACAUCCCAUAGGCAAGGCUAUCCUAGGCGCUGCAAAGAAUGAGCUCGGUAUGGCGCCUGAAGGAACCAUUGAUGGCAGCGUCGGAGACUUCAAAGCAGUUGUAGGCAAGGGUGUCAGCGUAACUGUCGAGCCAGCUGCCGCCAACCGGUCACGAUAUAUGGUACUGGUUGGCAACCUCAUAUUCUUGAAGGAUUGUGACAUUGAUGUCCCCGAGGAUGCUGUCGAGGCCGCAGAGAUGCUUAACCAGUCGGCUGGUGAGGGCAAAUUGCAAGCCAAGAGCGAUACCAGCAGCGCUGGAACCACCAAUAUCUUCAUUGCCAUUGAUGGCCUUUACUCGGGCCAUCUGUGCCUGUCCGACACAAUUAAAGAGGACGCUGAAGCGACUAUCUCGGUCUUGCACCAACUGGGGAUAAAGACCGCUCUAGUCACCGGCGACCAACGAACUACCGCACUCGCCGUCGCCUCUGCCGUGGGUAUCGACUUCAAUAAUGUUUACGCCGGUGUUAGCCCCGAUCAGAAGCAGGCUAUCGUACGAGAGAUCCAGGACCGCGGCGAGGUUGUCGGCAUGAUUGGUGAUGGCAUUAACGACUCCCCAGCGCUUGUGACGGCAGACGUAGGCAUAGCUAUGGCAAGCGGAACAGAUGUCGCGAUGGAGGCGGCAGAUAUGGUCCUUAUGAGACCGACAGAGCUUAUGAUCAUACCUGCCUCACUAGCACUCACACGCACCAUCUUCCGCCGGAUCAAAAUAAACCUUGGAUGGGCAUGCAUCUAUAACGCUAUCGGCCUCCCGAUUGCUAUGGGUUUCUUUCUUCCAUUCGGACUUAGCGUACAUCCUAUAAUGGCGAGUCUUGCGAUGGCGUUCAGCAGUGUGACGGUGGUAGUCAGCAGCCUGAUGCUCAACUCUUGGACAAGGCCUGUUUGGAUGGACGAGAUGGCGAAGAACGGUGGCAGGGAGCCCAAGGCGGAGAGAUGGGUAUGGGGAAGGGGAAUUGUCGUGCGGGUGAAGGAGCUGAUCGGACGCAGAGGUAAGGCGGAGGAAGUUGGGUAUGUGCCCUUACAGAACAUAGAAGGCUGA